CAACACCAGCCAAUCGACAUAUUGAUGGACCUCAUUUCCAGUUUUUAAAUGGACGUGCUUUUGUAGCUUGACUGGGUCAGGAGAACGGGGUUGCAACAGAUUGUAUCACUUGAUGUACAUACCUCCUAAGGCUAUAUCAAAGAAAACCACGGGAUUUCUGUCUAUAUGCGAGGUUGAAGUUGUGCUGUCCAUUCUGUCCACCUGUCUGGUUUCUCUUUAUGUCGCUGCUGGUAUUGUGCAGGCGAUAGCGACCUUGUUGAAGACUGGGUUCGUGCUAGUAGCUACAAGUGGUUGAAUCCUGAGGGCCAUGACGAUGUUUCCUGAAUUGGCUGUGUCUGUU